CCUGAGCCAGUACCAAGGACACUCAGUCAUCCGAGCCACCCAGGCGCCAAUGCACUGGGCAGUUUUGAGGAGUACAGGGUUUGUUUUUAUGUCUUUGUAACCAUUCACCCAUUUGGCACAAUGACAAAACCGCGUAUGGCUGGCUUCUGGGUUUCUCUGGCUGCUUUUCCAGAUGCAGACUGCCUUACAGUGGGAGAGCAGUCUGGUACUUUUUUUGGCGACUGGAAUGAAUUAUCUGUCGCAUGGAGGGACUUGUAACUCUAGACAGACUUUGCUUUUCCCGUGUUAGGUUGGUUCAGCCCCUGUUCCUUGCUACUUGUGCAGGGCUGUGUGACGGAGGUGCAGAAGGACUGAGCGGGCCCGCCCUGAGGUUGGGAAGGAAGAGUCGCGCUCGGGCUGUGACACGACAUAGGAGUUGAGAGGAGAGGAAGCAUUUCUGCCUCUGAAGUCUGGGAGAUGUCAUGGAGGAAGUGUUAUAACGUGCCCAGCGCUGCUCGGGGACGCGCCCUGUUGGACCGCACACACAGUCUUCAUCGGCGUCAGCUUUCAGCUAUGGAAUCGCAGACGGUCGAUGACGAAGCGAUGGCAGUCUAAAUGAAGAUCGGGUGAGGGAGAAGAACGAUGCCCAAGGGUGGGUGUUCUAGAACACCACAGCACGAAGACUUCUCCCUCAGCAGCGACAUGGUGGAGAAGCAAACGGGGAAAAAGGAUAAAGAUAAAGUUUCUCUGACCAAGACCCCAAAGCUGGACCGCGGCGAUGGAGGGAAGGAGGUGAGGGAGCGAGCGAGCAAGCGGAGGCUGCCCUUCACUGUGGGGGCCCAUGGAGAGCAGAAGGACUCGGACACAGAGAAGCAGGGUCCUGAGCGGAAGAGGAUUAAGAAGGAGCCCGUCACCCGGAAGGCCGGGCUGCUGUUCGGCAUGGGGCUGUCUGGGAUCCGGGCCGGCUACCCCCUCUCCGAGCGCCAGCAGGUGGCGCUCCUCAUGCAGAUGACGGCCGAGGAGUCCGCCAACAGCCCAGUAGACACGACACCAAAGCACCCCUCCCAGUCCACAGUGUGUCAGAAGGGGACGCCCAACUCUGCCUCGAAAACCAAAGACAAGGUGAACAAGCGCAACGAGCGGGGGGAGACGCGGCUGCACCGCGCGGCCAUCCGCGGGGACGCCCGGCGCAUCAAGGAGCUCAUCGGCGAGGGCGCCGACGUCAAUGUCAAGGACUUCGCGGGCUGGACGGCGCUGCACGAGGCGUGUAACCGGGGCUACUACGACGUCGCCAAGCAGCUGCUGGCCGCGGGUGCAGAGGUGAACACCAAGGGCCUGGAUGACGACACGCCCCUGCACGACGCUGCCAACAACGGGCACUACAAGGUGGUGAAGCUGCUGCUGCGCUACGGCGGGAACCCUCAGCAGAGCAACAGGAAGGGCGAGACUCCGCUGAAGGUGGCCAGCUCCCCGACCAUGGUGAACCUCCUGCUGGGCAAGGGCACCUACACGUCCAGCGAGGAGAGCUCAACCGCAGAGAGCUCCGAGGAGGACGCCCCGUCGUUCGCACCCUCCAGCUCAGCUGACGGCAAUAACACAGACUCUGAGUUUGAGAAGGGCCUAAAGCACAAGGCCAAGAACCCAGAGCCCCAGAAGACCGUCACCCCCGUCAAGGAUGAGUACGAGUUUGACGAGGAUGACGAGCAGGACAGAGUCCCUCCAGUGGACGACAAACACUUACUGAAAAAAGAUUAUAGAAAAGAAACUAAAUCAAAUAGUUUUAUUUCUAUACCCAAAAUGGAAGUGAAAAGUUACACUAAGAAUAACACGAUGGCACCAAAGAAAGCGGCUCAUCGCAUCCUGUCAGACACGUCAGACGAGGAGGGCGCUGCUGCCGCUGCGGGGACAGGAGAGAAACUGAGGCUCUCGGCGCACACGGUCCUGCCCAGCAACAAAACACGGGACCCUUCCAAUUCCAAGCAGCAGAAAGAGAAAACGAAAGUGAAAAAGAAGCGGAAGAAGGAGACAAAAGGCAAAGAAGUGCGGUUUGGGAAAAGGACUGACAAGUUCUGCUCCUCCGAGUCGGAGAGCGAGUCCUCGGAGAGCGCGGAGGACGACGGGGACUCGGCGGGGAGCGCCGGCUGCCUCAAGGAGUCCCCGCUGGUGCUGAAGGACCCGUCCCUGUUCGGCUCUCUGUCCGCCUCCUCCACCUCGUCUCACGGGAGCUCUGCUGCCCAGAAACAUAACCCCGGCCACGCGGACCCGCACGCCAAGCACUGGCGGACAGACAACUGGAAAAGCCUCUCUUCUCCCGCCUGGUCGGAGGUCAGCUCUCUGUCAGACUCCACGAGGACAAGGCUGACGAGCGAGUCUGACUGCUCCUCCGAGGGCUCCAGCGCGGAGUCGCUGAAGCCUGUGAGGAAGAAGCAGGAGCACAGGAAGCGGGGCGGCCCGCAGGGCGUGCUGUCGGACAAGAAGAACUCUUUCCACGCCAGCGUCGACGGCGCCAUCCCCAAGCUGGACAAGGAGGGGAAGGUCGUCAAGAAACACAAAACAAAACACAAACACAAAAACAAGGAGAAAGGGCUGUGCUCCGUCGGUCAGGAACUCAAACUGAAAAGUUUCACUUACGAGUACGAGGACUCCAAACAGCGGUCGGAGAAGGCCGUCCUCCUGGACAGCGACGUCUCCAGCGAGAGCAAGGGGAGGGCCUUGAAGCCCGACAGGGACCACUUCAGGAAGGAGGAGCGGCUCGGCAAGGUCAAGUCGGAGGACCGGGAGUGGCUCUUCAAAGAGGACGUGGCCAAGGUCUCCAAAGAUGAAAGAUCCCUGAAGAGACUCAAAGACGUGAGCAGGUCUUUCCGAGAAGAGAAAGACCGUGUGAAUAAAGCAGAAAAAGAGAAACUGGUGAAGGAAAAGUCUCCCAAGGAGGAAAGACUGAGGCUCUACAAAGAGGAAAGAAAGAAAAAGUCCAAAGACCGGGCCGCCAAGUUAGAGAAGAAGAAUGACUGUAAGGAGGACAGGAGUCAGAAGGAGAAGGCUUUCAAGGAAGAAAAAGAAAAAUUGAAAAAAGAAAAAGUUUAUAGGGAAGACUCCUCCGCUUUCGACGAAUAUUGUAACAAGAGUCAGUUUCUGGAGAAUGAAGACACCAAAUUCAGCCUUUCCGACGACCAGCAGGAUCGGUGGUUCUCGGACUUGUCCGAUUCAUCCUUUGAUUUCAAAGGAGACGACAGCUGGGAUUCUCCAGUGACAGACUACAGGGACGUUAAAAGUGACCCCGUGGCCAGACUGAUCCUGGAGACCGUGAAGGAAGACAGCAAGGAGAAGAAGCGGGAGAGCCGGGGCCGCGAGAAGCGAGACUAUGGGGACAGGCGCGGCGACAGGGACGCCUUCUUCAGGAAGAAGGACAGGGACUGUCUGGACAAGAGCUCGGAGAGGAGGAGGGAGCAGGCGGACAAGCACAAGGGCGUCCCCGGCUGCCUCCCCGACAAGGACAAAAAGCGGAGGGAGUCCGCCGAGGGUGGGCGGGACAGGAAGGACCCCCUCGAGGCCGCCAAGGAGCGGAAGGACGGCCGGCCCAAGCCCGAGGAGGCCCACCGAGAGGAGCUGAAGGAGCUGAGCGGCGAGGCGGGCUUCAAGGACAGGCCCGACUGUGACUCCGGGAAGGGCCCAGAGCCCUGGGAGCGGCUCCAUGCGGGGAGGGACAAGGACAGGAAGGACAAGGGGAAACUCGAGAAAUACAAAGACAAGUCCAGUGACAAAGAUAAAAGCGAAAAGUCUGUCCUGGAGAAAUGUCAGAAGGACAAGGAGCUUGAGAAGUGCUUUAAGGAGAAGAAAGACCCCAAGGAGAAGCACAAAGACAAGGAGCGGAAAGCGGCGCUCGAGCAGGGGAAGGAGAGGAGGGACAAAGGCUUCCCCGGGCUCCUCCCCGAGGACUUCCCGGAGAAGAAGGACGAGAAGAAGGGGAAGGAGAAGAGCUGGUACAUCGCCGACAUCUUCACGGACGAAAGUGAGGACGAGAAGGACGAGUUCACGGCCUGUGGGCUCCGACUCGGGGACGCCGGGGACACGCCGCGGGCGGACGGCCCCCAGGACGCCGACCGGCACCGGAAGCACUCUGCUGACCGGCAGCACUCAGAGAGGCAGAAAGAUCGAGAGCUCCGAGAAAAGAAGAAGGAGAAGGGAGCCGCAGAAGGGGCGAAAGACAAGAAAGAGAAGACGCUGGAGAAGCACAAGGACAAGAAGGACAAGGACAGGAGAGACCGCGCGCCGGCCGAGCCCGCUCAGGAGAAGAAGAGCAGGCCGAAGCCCCCCGAGAAGACAGAGCGGAAGCCCUCGGCCGAGGACAAGGCCAGGAGCAGGCACCGCGAGAGGCCAGACCGGGAGCACUGCCGGGACCGGAAGGCGUCCCGGAGCACCGAGGCGGAGAGGAGCCUGCUGGAGAGGCUGGAGGAGGAGGCUCUGCACGCGUACAGGGAGGACUCCAACGACAAGGCCAGCGAGGUGUCCUCCGACAGCUUCACCGACCGCGGGCAGGAGCCAGGCCUGAGCGCCCUCCUGGAGGUGGCCUUCGCGGAGCCCCCGGAGGAGAAGGUCAAGGAGAGGGAAAGGCACAGACACUCUUCGUCCUCGUCCAAGAAAAGCCACGAUCGGGAGAGAGUCAAGAAAGACAAGUGUGAGAAGAGAGACAAGAGUGACGACUACAAGGACACCGGCAGCAGGAAGGACCCCGGCCCGUACGACAGGGACUUCUCGGACGCCGACGCCUACGGGAUCCCUUACGGCGCAAAGGUGGACGCAGAAGACGAGUUAGAUAAAACCAUUGAGCUGCUGGCCGCUGAGAAGAAAGAUAAAAACGACUACGAGAGGGAGCCUUCCAAGAAAGUGGAGAAGGAGCUGAAGCCGUGCGGCUCCGGGGCGGCCGGGGCCCUCAAGGAGAAGAGGCGGCGGGCGCGGCACCGCGAGAGGUGGCGGGAGGAGCGGGAGAAGCACCGGGAGCGGCACCACAGGGACGAGCAGAAGCCCGCAGCCAGGGACAAGGACAACCCUCCAAACGCGCUCAGAGACAAGUCCCGGGACGAGGGCCUCAGACUCGGAGAGACCAAACCGAAGGAGAAGGUCAAGGAAAAUCCAGAGAAGGAAAAGGGCGACUCGACGAAGGUCAGCAACGGAAACGAUAAGCUGCCGGCAUCCAGAGACCCGGGCAAGAGAGACGCCCGGCCCCGAGAGAAGCUUCUGGGCGACGGCGACCUGAUGAUGACCAGCUUCGAGCGCAUGCUGUCCCAGAAGGACCUGGAGGUGGAGGAGCGGCACAAGCGGCACAAGGAGAGGAUGAAGCAGAUGGAGAAGAUGCGGCACCGGUCCGGGGACCCGAAGCUCAAGGAGCGGCCGAAGCCCGCCGAGGACGCACGCAAGAAGGGCCCCGACGCGCCCGCAAAGAGGCCGCCGGCGCCGGACCCCGCCCCGAGGGACAGGAGGCUCAAGGAGCCCGCCGCGGAGAGCAAGCCCCGCCCGGGGCCUGCCGCCGAUGCCAGGGACUGGCUGGCGGGGCCGCACAUGAAAGAGGUGCUGCCCGCCUCUCCGCGGCCAGAGCAGGGCCGGCCCACGGGGGUCCCUGCGCCCGCGGCUGUGGUGUCGGGCCCCAGCUACGAGGAGGCCAUGCACACGCCCCGGACCCCGUCCUGCAGCGCGGACGACUCCGACCUCAUUUUCGACUGCACUGACCCCCAGCCCGCCUCCAGCACGUCCGCCAGCGCCUGCUCCCCCUCUUUUUUCGACAGGUUCUCUGUGGCGGCGAGUGGGAUUCCGGAGACCGCAAGCCAGACGCCCACGAGGCCGCUGUGCACAAGCCUUUACCGUUCGGUGUCCGUCGAUAUCAGGAGGACCCCCGAGGAAGAAUUCAGCACUGGGGACAAGCUCUUCCGACAGCAGAGCGUCCCCACCGCGUCCAGUUAUGACUCGCCAGGGCAGCGCCUGGACGACAAGGCCCCUGUGCCCCCAGGUCCCGCCGAAAAGUUCGCCUGCAUGUCCCCGGGGUACUACUCCCCGGACUACGGCAUCCCCUCCCCCAAAGCAGACGCUCUGCACUGCCCGCCUGCGGCUGUGGUCAACAUCAGCCCCUCCCCAGAGGGUGCCUUCUCCGGUUUACAAGCAAAGUCCCCCCCUUCGCACAGAGAUGAGCUAUUGGCCCCGUCCAUGGAGGGAGCCCUCCCGCCUGACUUGGGCAUUCCCCUGGAUGCCACGGAGGACCAGCAGGCCACUGCCGCCAUCAUCCCCCCGGAGCCCAGCUACCUGGAGCCGCUGGACGAGGGCCCCUUCAGCACGGUCAUCACCGAGGAGCCCGUUGAGUGGGCACACCCGGCCGCCUCGGAGCAGGGCCUGGCCUGCGGCCUGAUCGGGGGCGCCCCCGAGAACCCUGUCAGUUGGCCGGGGGGGCCGGGCCUCCUGCUUAAGUCCCCACAGCACCUCCCGGGGUCCCCGCAGCAUUUCUGCCCCACUGAGGCCCUCCACCCUGCUGCCCCAGGGCCCUUUGGCACCACAGAGCCCCCUUACCCAGGCUCCCCUGACUCAUACCCUCUGUCGGCCACUGAGCCUGGACUCGAGGGUGCCAAAGGCGAUGUGGCUGAAGUGGUCCCGGCCACUGUCCCCACCCCAGAAGAACCAGCCCCCUUUCCCCCUCCUUCCAGGCUGGAGCCCUUUUUCACCAACUGUAAACCGCUGCCCGACGUGCCCCCCGACGCGGCCCCAGAGCCUGCGUGUUUGGGUGCCGUGACUCAGGUGGAGGCUCUGGCACCCGUGCAAACUAACUUCCUGGAAAACGGGAAUGACCUGCCGGCCCUCGGCCAGGUGGAGCCGGUGCCCUGGCCGGACAGCUUCCCCAGCCCCGAGGACGACUUAGACCUGGGGCCCUUCUCUCUGCCGGAGCUCCCUCUUCAAGCUAAGGACGUUUCUGAUGCUGAAACAGAACCCGCAGAGGAGGCUCCCCUUGGUCCCCCAGAGAACACCCCCACGGGGCCCCCUGCGGUCCCGGGCGCCGGGGAGGUCCCCGCAGCAGCUGCUGAGGAGCAGCCCUUGCUGCCCCCCGGCCAGGCGGCUCCCCGGACCCCCGCCGAGCCGGAGCCCAAGCCAGUAGAGGAGCCCGCGCCGGACGUGAUGGUGGAAAGCACGGCUGGAGCCGGGGGCACGUCAGAGGGUAGUGUACCCCCCGAGGACUCGGACUGCAGCCUGGGGCCCGUGCCGGCGCCCCCGGAGCGGCAUCCCGCAGCGAGCGCAGACGAGGAGGCCGAGGGCCCGGACCCCCCAGCGGUGCCCCACGGCAUGCCUGACGCCCCUGCGGAGGGCUCGGCGCAGGCGCACGUGGCGGACGGGGCCGGUCUCGAGGGACCUGUGGGCGGCGUCCAGCCCGAGGCUACAGACCCAGAGCCCAGACCCACAGCCGAAGCCCCCAAGGUGCCCAAGGCGGAGGAGGUCCCCCAGCGCAUGACGAGGAACCGGGCCCAGAUGCUGGCCAACCAGAGCAAGCAGAGCUCGCCGCCCGCCGAGAAGGAGCCCGCGCCCCGCGCCAAGGGCCGCUGCUGCGAGGAGGACGACCCGCAGGCCCAGCACCCGCGCAAGCGCCGCUUCCAGCGCUCCGGCCAGCCGCUGCCGCAGCAGAUGAACACGUCUACGCAGCAGACGCGGGAGGUGAUCCAGCAGACGCUGGCCGCCAUCGUGGACGCCAUCAAGCUGGACGACAUCGAGCCGUACCACAGCGACAGGUCCAACCCCUACUUCGAGUACCUGCAGAUCAGGAAGAAGAUCGAGGAGAAGCGGAAGAUCCUCUGCUACAUCAGCCCGCAGGCGCCCCAGUGCUACGCAGAGUACGUCACCUACACGGGCUCCUACCUCCUGGACGGCAAGCCGCUCAGCAAGCUGCACAUACCCGUGAUCGCACCCCCGCCCUCCCUGGCGGAGCCCCUGAAGGAGCUCUUCAAGCAGCAGGAGGCCGUGAGGGGGAAGCUGCGCCUGCAGCACAGCAUCGAGCGGGAGAAGCUCAUCGUGUCCUGCGAGCAGGAGAUCCUGCGGGUCCACUGCCGGGCAGCGAGGACCAUCGCCAACCAGGCCGUGCCGUUCAGCGCCUGCACCAUGCUGCUCGACUCCGAGGUCUACAACAUGCCUCUGGAAAGCCAGGGCGAUGAGAACAAGUCCGUGCGCGACCGCUUCAACGCGCGCCAGUUCAUCUCCUGGCUGCAGGACGUGGACGACAAGUACGACCGCAUGAAGGUGUGCGGGGAGCAGCUCCUGUCACCAGCUGGCGGUCAGACCUCUGUGGGACCCCACCUUGAGCCCUCCUCAAAGACGUGUCUCCUGAUGCGGCAGCAGCACGAGGCGGCCGCCCUCAACGCCGUGCAGAGGAUGGAGUGGCAGCUGAAGGUCCAGGAGCUGGACCCCGCCGGGCACAAGUCCCUGUGUGUGAACGAGGUGCCCUCCUUCUACGUGCCCAUGGUUGACGUCAACGACGACUUCGUGCUUCUGCCGGCCUGACCCCCCACUCGAGGGCCACACGGGACACAGGCCAGGGCCACACGCGUCUGCCGGCGCCGCGGCCGAGUCCGGGCAGUGCGGGGAGACCUUGUCCUUCGGGCCGGGAC